UAUGCAUUUUAAAUAGUUAGGCUGUAAGCUUUCUUAUUACUGUAUUAUGGCAAUUGAGCUCUUUUUUAUGAUGAUCAUGAUAAAAAGGCUCGCCUUGCGAAUGGAUGUGUUAUCAAGCACUAGAUGUUUAUCAUUCAUAUUAGCUACAUCAAGUAUAGUAAGAACUUGCUCUGUAAAGUCCAAAAAGUCAUUACUAGUUGUGCCUUUUCUUUUUACAGCCAGCGUAUUAUCAGUUCGUUAUUGCUGUAGUGAUAUUCUCCUAUAGUGAAAAAGUAAUAAAACCAUCUUUGCAAAUGGCACUUAGGAUACUGAUAUUUGUUACCUUUUAUUUCAACUUUGAUUUUGUAAGGUGUUCCUAUCCUAUUUCACACCAACCAUAAGAGCGGUGUAUGUUUCUAUUGAACCUAGCCUCAUCAAUAAACACACAGUCAU